CCAUUUUUUUCCUUCUUGCUCCUCGCAAAGGUGAAAGACAACAAAUAUCGCUUCAUCCCAGCCCUGUUCCACAGCGAAGAUUUUUUACCGUUACAUCACUAGGUGCAACAAACCGCAAUCACGGGACAACGACACGGGAAUUUCGAUGAGUCCGACUUGAGACUCACUCGCUGACUCUUAACCUGCACCUGGAGGAAACUCUUAUAACACCCCACGAUCAAUUCCAACUCGACCAACAUCAAGACAUGAUUUUCGUUCAGUAUCGCUAAAGUGUGACCGCUUGACAACCUCCAUCGAGAAUCGCUGUAGAUUAAGGAAAGGAAUACCGAGCUGUCGCCUUUCCUUUACCUCGAUUUCUAAACCGGUCAAGGACUCUUCCCUCGUGUCUUUCCAACAUCUUUUUGCGCCCGUCUCGAACAAGAACAACAACAACAACAACAACAACAACAACAACAACAACAACAAUAUACUACUCUGGAUCAACAAACCAACUGGGAAGACGCGACGCGGGCCUCAAGCGUUAGCCGCUCUCUGUGUGUGAGGACAAUUAGAGGUACUGGUAAUUCGAUGAUGACUACUGUCUCUGGUGACAUGCAAGGCGCUACUCCAGUGCCUGUAGUACCUCAUCCUGUUGACAGCGAUCGCAUGCACUUUGCUUCGAUAUCCUCUUCGUCCUCUUCCAUCUCCGACGGCGAACCUGAGCGCGGUCGGUCAAGACUGGAACGUCCCCGAAUGGCCAGCCGAAAACCCAGUGCGUCUAUCCUCGUGCCACGAGAUCACCCAGAGAUUGAGAUUGAGGAGGAGGAGUUUCCGCCAGAUGAUGCUCGUGCCAUGAGUCCUCGACGUGACUCUGCAGACGUGGAACGUUUGGGAAAGGAAGCUCGUCAAACUCUGCAAGAGCAAGCCAAAACUCUACAAUUAUCCCUCCAGGCUCUAGCGCAACGAAUCGAAGAGGUCAAAAACGAUCACGACAAGCUAGAGAGCGAGAACCGGUACCUACAAGACUAUAUUGGAAGCUUGACGCAAACAAUAUCCAAAUCUGAGAUCACAUCAACCACUGGGAAGUCGAAGAAGAAUCGAAAGUAGCUCACCGACCACGGCGGCGUUUUAUGUGGAAAAGCAAGAAUCACUAAACCCAACAAACGCAGAAAAUUGCACCAGAAACCAACUUCGAGCGAUUCGACAUUGCGUAUGGAUUCUACUACUGAGCAUUCGUCGUCAUUACAGUGAUACCACAAGUGCAACAUUUUUUUUUCUCUUCGAUUUUGCUAUUCCACAUACCACAAGCGACCGCUAUGAUCAUAUCGGUACUACUACUACUACCACUACUGCGACUUCCGGUUUACCCAUUUCUCUUCUCCUUUACAUCAUCGAGCUCGUCACGACUGAUGAUUUCCACUGAUCUUUUGCUCCUGCGGAGCUUUCAUAUCUCGUUAUUUCUAGCUUGGGUGGCAAUCUGUUUGACCUCAAAUUUAUGUUUGGAACGUCGAUGAUUUGAGUUGCUAGACAGUCGUCGUUUCGGCGUUUUAUUGCAUUGCACGUUCAGGCGUUGAUCAUCGUCGGUGUGUUGAAUCAGGGAUUUGACUUGGCGGCGUAUUGUUUUCUCCUAGGCGGAAAGACUACCCUGUCAUUUGCCGCUUUCGUCAUAUCCAUGUGUGCCUUGUCGCUGUGCCACAAUGGAUAUGCAAAUUUCUUUACAGGCUAAUGCGAAGUUCUAUUGUUCUUAUGAAAAAAAAAAUGAAAAACAAAAAAGAGCAAGCCACUGAUUAUACAUCAUAUGCUGUUUGCGCUUGCAACUGCAUGGUUCCUUACUCGAGGUUCAUUUCAUUAUUCCGCUGCCGCUUGAUAUCACAGUGGAUAGCAAUAUGCUCUUUUUCUUUUUCUUUAUCUCGCCUUGAUGAAGACGAACUUGAUUCCCCCGAUGACGUCGACCUUUCAGGUGCCUAUCUUUAUUCUCUUUUCUUUUUUCUACCCUUGCAACGCCACCACAGCCCCGGAAAACGCUGGGACAAUGAACUCGGAGCAGCAGCACGUGACAUGGCGCCUUAUUUUCUUCUACCUUGUACACAAUAUCUUCUUUUUCCUUUUUCCUCCGAGAGCAUAUUUCUUCCAUGGGAGUUCAUUGGGUGGUGGGUGUUGUUUUCUUUUUUCGAUUGUUACUGUUUGUUUAUACAUAUGAGCAUGUGCAUGCAUAGCGCAGCGGAUUGUUUGAUAGUUCGCAUAGCAUUAAUGAAUAUUGCGAAUGAUAUUU